UAACACGACUUGACGUGGCUUUUUCAUUCUCUGAUCCCUUUUUUAAGCGCUAGAUUCGCUCGUUUAUAGCCGGAGGUGGAGCUCUCCGAGAGCGGGGAGACGGACUGCGCUGAUGCGGCUUCGCGUCGCCUACGUGCCGGAGCCGGGAUGCAGCUGGCCGCGGUUAUUAUAGGCUCGGCGGGGACCGGGCUGUAUGGAAAGACUUAUAGAUAAAUAGAUAGAUUGAUUAUCUAUCUUAGGAUAGAUCUUUCUAUUUAUUAUUUUUCUCAUUGUAAACUUGUAAAAAAAACAAGAUUUAUUCUUCUUAUUAUUAUUUAUUUGUUUAUUUAUUAUUUUUAUUCCUUUCUUUCCCACGUGUUAUUAUUAAUUGGGCUUUACUGAGUUGCUAUAUCUAACUAUCUAACGUUAUAUAUCAUCCUAUCAUCUUCAGCAUGCCGCUGAUGUGGCACUCAUAACUAACUCAUAAAAAAGGACUUUUUUAUUAUUUUUUUUGUAAAUAAUAUUUUCUUAAAAAAAAAAAAAUGAUCCUCUUUCGCAAGUUCAGACUGCUCAUCUUAAUGGUGUUUCUCGUGGCGUGCACCAUGCACAUCAUGAUCGACCUGCUGCCCAAGCUGGAGCGGAGAGCGGCCGGCCCGGUCUCCGGCUCUGGAGGAGUUAUAGGCGGCGUUGGUGGUGGUGGUGGAGGCGGUGGUGGAGUAGGAGGAGACGCGGGCUGCUCCUGCGCACACAGCCCCAGCGAGGAGCCUCGCGGGCGGGCAAACCAACGUUCCAGAGCCGCUGCAGCUCAAGCAGGCUGGCCGGGCAAGCACACGCUGAGGAUACUGCAGGACUUCAGCAACGAGCCGAGCUCCAACCUCACCUCGCAGUCACUGGAGAAGCUGGCCGGCGCUGGGGACAGGGCAGAGACGGUGAAAAGAGCGCAGGAACCGGCGGAGAAGACCCAGAGGAGCCUGAUAAGGGAGAGGGGCAGCCGGGACAAGGAGAAGCCGGACCAGCGCGCCUCCUCCCGGCUCACCGCGCUCUACGAGCACCCGCUUUACAGGGGCGAGCUGCCACCGCUGACGGACGACGACACGCUGUUUAAUGUCAACACUGACAUACGGUUUUAUCCUAAAGCUGCGGGGAACCAGGAAUGGAACAACGAGGGGAACGAGGAGGAGGAAGAGUACAACCCGACAGGGGAGGCCACUGCUGAGUCAUACCCCAACUGGCUCCGCUUCCACAUUGGGAUUAACCGCUACGAGCUCUACUCCAGACACAACCCGGUGGUGGAGGCCCUGCUGAAGGACCUGCAGGCGCAGAGGAUCACCAGCGUAGCGAUGAAGUCUGGAGGAACUCAGCUCAAACUCAUCAUGACCUUCCAGAACUACGCACAGGCGCUCUUCAAGCCCAUGAAGCAGACCAGGGAGCAGGAGACGCCCCCGGACUUCUUCUACUUCUCCGACUUUGAGAGACACAACGCAGAGAUCGCAGCAUUUCAUCUCGACAGAAUCCUGGAUUUCCGGCGUGUCCCGCCAGUGGCAGGCAGGCUGGUGAACAUGACGCGGGAGAUCCGGGACGUGACCCGCGACAAAAAGCUCUGGCGGACAUUCUUCAUCUCCCCAGCCAACAACAUCUGCUUCUACGGGGAGUGUUCGUACUACUGCUCCACUGAGCACGCUCUGUGCGGAAAGCCAGACCAGAUCGAGGGCUCUCUGGCCGCCUUCCUUCCUGACCUCAGCCUGGCCAAGCGCAAAACCUGGAGGAACCCCUGGAGACGCUCCUACCACAAGCGCAAGAAAGCAGAGUGGGAAGUGGAUCCAGAUUUCUGUGAUGAAGUCAAGCAGACUCCGCCCUAUGACCGAGGAACACGCCUGCUGGACAUCAUGGAUAUGACCAUCUUUGAUUUCCUCAUGGGCAACAUGGACCGCCACCAUUAUGAGACCUUUGAGAAGUUUGGGAAUGAGACAUUCAUCAUCCAUCUGGACAACGGCAGAGGGUUUGGAAAACACAGACAUGAUGAAAUGUCCAUCUUGGUACCUUUGAGCCAGUGCUGCAGGGUGAGAAGGUCCACCUACCUGCGACUGCAGCUGCUGGCGAAGGAGGAGUACCAGCUGAGCUCUCUGAUGGAGGAGUCGCUCCUGAGGGACCGCCUCACCCCCAUCCUCAUCAAGCCGCACCUGCAGGCUCUGGACCGCCGCCUGCGCCUGGCCCUCAACGUGCUGGCCGAGUGCGUGGAAAAGGAGGGAUAUUCCGCCGUGGUGGAGGACGACCUGGAGCCCCAGCCCGCGGCCGCACCCCUGCUCCAUCAGGCCACCAGAGCCAGGUAGUAGGGGCCCUGGGAACUGGGAGUGGCAGAGAGCCCCGCUCCCCUGCCUCGCUGGAACAGGCCCGCCAUGAGCCUGAGCCUCAGGCUCGCGCUGGAAUUCAGCCGCAGCUUUGAAUUCAGUGAAUUCCGAGACUCGCCACAAACGCCUCUGAACUGACUCAAACUGCCCCGCCUACAUGUCCAUGUUCACGUCCACACGUGUGUGUUGUAUGUCCACAGAUCAGAUUCCAGACGUGGAAGUGCUUAUUUUUUUCCAAGAGGCUUUACGGAAAGAGAAAAGAAAGAGGUCCACUUACUUUUUUUCUUUUCUUUUUUUUGUCUUUUUUUUUGAUGGUACACACAAGUACCUGGGACUGUAUUUAUUGUUCAUUUUUAUAAAAAAAAAAUCUUUUUUUUUUUUUGUCUUUUUUUUUUUUAUCGGUAACCGAAGCUGCAGGACAUACGGUUUGUUUGUUACAACAUCCUGCUUUUUGUUGUUGCAGAGUGGGUCAUGCUGAAGUUUAAUUUAUUCAGUUUUGCUUAUUUAUCUUUCAGAUAUUUUUUUUUUAUAUAUAUUUUGAGCACGGCCGAAAAAAAAAUGGCAGUUUUUACAUGAUUUAAAUGUGGCUUGUGGUUGCAAAUGAAGGGAAUGUUGUAAAACUUUUAAGAAUUUCUUGCUACCCACUCACUAGGACUUCUCUCUGACUCUCUGACUCUGGCCGCUGAUGCUGAUGUCCAUGAUUGGAGCCUGCGUUACUCAAUGCCACCAUAGUUUCAGCUUAAAUACAUGCUUUUUUUAACUAGUUUCUUUUAAUAGUUUUGCUUACUGAUUAAAAUCAUGUCCAUUCAAAUUGCCAUUUUUAUUUCACAGUGCAGGUGUGCAGAAGUCCUCAUAGUAUUUUAUUUUAUUUGUUUUUUUAAGAUGAGGAACUGUUGGAGGAACAGUAGAGUGUAAAGGGUAGUCCAACUUUAGUUAACACUACGCUGACUUACUUCACUACGUACUUCUACGGCUGCUACGGUUUAGCUGUUUUGUAUGUGGCCAACUGUUGCCGUGCCCUGUGUGAGAUCUUUUCUGCAUAAGGGCGUAUUCAAGCUUUAAGAGGAGUACUGCAGUGCGGUGCUUCUCCUGCAAAGACUCUUAUCCAACUCUUCAAGCCUGCUGACCUGAUUUGCUGUUCUUGGCCUCCGGUUGCUUUUGGCACCUUUCUCGGAAAUGUUCCGUAAAUUGGAUAUUGUGCAAUACAACAUCGAGAGGUUGAUUUUUCUCUUUUUUUUUUUCUCUCUUCAUGGUACGAACUUAUCUCCUAUCACUUUCAUUUGGGUUUAUUCAGCGGCGGAUUGCGCACGCCAUUUGAUGUUAUUCAGAAGGUUACACUUGGUAGGAGGAGUGGAGAAUGACUCUGAUUGGUGUUUUUGUUCAGGCAGCCCGGGAGCCGCCUGCCGUCUGCGACCCCAUGCUGAACGCACCUGUUCUCACGGCGCGGGUAGCUUCGCCGCUUCCACAGACACUAAUGCAAACGCCGCUCUGCUAACGUCUCAGUGGGUGCGCUCUUACAGGCCUGGAGAUGUGAUCGCAGAGAACAAAUCAAGGACACUUUAAUAUAUAUAAUAGUUUGACUGAUUGAAAGAUGCAAAGACUAUACCAACUGACCCCUGUUUUCACAGCAUCGCAGGCCAUUUCCUUUAGCGUACAUUGUUUCGCCCACACUUUGGCGUGUGGGUUCUCUCUUGGGUUCAUCCUGCCAUUUAGACAUUACAAAGCAGAAACAGUCACACUUCUGCCCCACUGUAUAUAAAGCCUUUGUGUUUUUUGUACGAUAAAGCAAAAGGCCUGUUCGCUGCAGUUGUUACUGGAAUUUUUUAAAUACUAAAGAACCUUCUAGAAAGUUCUAGUUAUCACAGUUAUCACACUUUCACUCUGAAGCUCAUUUUUACUACCAUGCUUUACUGCACAUUUUACAUGACUCUGAAAAAGGUCAAUAUCUUUAGCAUCUCUCUCGCAUUUCCAGCUCUCAGUCGUGAAUCAUCAUCUUCUAAACUACAGCCAAAAAGGCAAGCGAGUGCCUUUACCAUUUUCACAGGCUUAAAAAAAAAAAAAACAGACUCUUACUGAUACAUGCCAACUUUUAUUUUAAAACAACAAGCUAUUAAGAGGCACUCAGUGCACCUGUGUGUUCUAUUUGAAGGCUAAUUUUUAUUAUUUAUUGCUUAUUAAUGUCUAAAGGCCCUUUUGCACGAAGGUACAUACAUGAUAUUUACAGACAGAAAAAAGUCAUACAUUUCAAGUUUUGAAAAUGAACUGUAUUUAAUGAUAUUAAAUAAUAUAAAAUACAACUAAAUAACUAAAUCAAUAAAAUCAGGCUGACCAACAAAAGCUCCUUUGUCAUGGUUAAAGAUAAAAAAAUUAACAUAAAGGUGGCAGCAAAGUUGCUCAAUUUGUUCUGAGCGGAAAGAAAAAUGUAUGUGACGAGAAACACACCGACUAUAAAAAUACCAAAAAAAAAAACUAUAAAAUAUGGCGGAUCAGAGCUGAAAGAAUGUGACAUAGCCAUUAGGUUUGGACCAUAUAACUGUAUAAUAACUCCAAAUAAGCACAUUUCAAAAUAACUGUGUCUAAUGUGUAAAAUUUCUGUGUAAAAAUGUCCAUCUAGUACAUUUGUGUGCAUUUGUGGGGAAAAAUAUACAAACCCAUAGUAGUUGUGAGUUUAGCGACUUGCUAAGUUCGUCUAAAAGCUAUCCAGUCUGAAAGACGUGCCUCAAAACAGUCGAAAACGCUUUUAAAACCAUUCACUUGACUGUGUGCUCUCAGAAAUGUGGAUUUAGAUUCUAAACCUAAGUGAUUUGAGCCUCAGUUAGAUGAAAGAUGCUAUGUGCUGUGGUGUUUAGCCUGUUACUUCACUAACUUAGGUCUUAGCCGAGCUAACAAGCUAAUUAUAAACCCAAUAAUGGCAGAACUUGUCACAUUUUUUUAUUUCUGUCAGUUCAAACUAAGUUUUUCACACUUUGCUCCCUCAGACAUGAGUAUUUAUUAUCGAUAUUUGGGUCAGUCGGUCAACUGUAGUCAUUAGUCAGCAGUUAAAGCUAGCUAGCUUAGCAAGUGAGCGAGUGAGCUAGCUCUAAAACAACACACUAUGUAAAAUUUCAGUUCAAUGUCCAUCUUGUCCAUUUAGGUGUGUUUAAGAAAAUCCACAGUAAAUCCACAUAAAUCCACAGUAGUUACGAGUUUAGCCACUUGCUAAGUUUGUCUGAAAGAAAUCCAGUAUGAAAAACGUGCCUCAAAACAGUCAAAAACUAUUUUUAAAAUAUUCCCUCAACUGUGUGUUAUCAGAAAUGAGGAUUUAUCUGUUAAACCUAAUUUAUUUGAGCCUCAAUUAGAUGGAACAUACUCUGUACUGUGGUGUUAAGCCUCUUAGCUGAGCUAACAAGCUAAUUACAAGCCCAAACGUGGCAGAACUUGUCACAUUUAUCAUUUCUGUCAAUCAGAAACAAGUUGCUCAGACUUUGCUCCCACAGACAUGAGUAUUUAUCGUUAAUAUUUGGAUCAGUCAGUCAACUGUAGUCAAUAGUCUGCAGUCAAAGCUAGCUAGCUUAGCAAGUGAGCGAGUAAGCUAGCCCCAGAACAACACUUCUAUUUCUAUAACUGCAGUUGCUGGAUCUGACGUGUUUUUGUCUAAAUGUUUACAAGUGGAGUUUCAGUCAGUCAGACUUGAGUGUUUUCUGUAGUGAACUGAAUAUUAGCUAGCUUGCUAAAUAAGCUAAUCAGCUAACAAGCUAAUGCUAAUCACCUUUUUUUCUCUCUCCUGAUUCUGAGCAGCCUAACCUUUUUUAUUAGUCAGACUUUAGGUUUAACAUUUAUUAAACAAUUAAUUUGUGUAAUAAGUGUUCACUAAGACUAAGCUCUGUGACCAUGUGAUCAUCAAAUUCAAUCUCUGUAAACAAUCAUUUUUUAAUUGAUUUGUUUUAAAACUAGACAGGAUGAGAUGGUACUGAAGUACACAGCACUACCAUCUGCACUAUUUGCAUAGUUUACGCUAUGCUUUACGCAGAUCUGUUUCUACGUACGAAAAAAUUAAAAUUGUACUUGGUGUGAAAGGGCCUUAAGCAUGUUACAUUUGCGCAGAACUUUAUCUCGCGUUAUCUCUUUGUUGUUUUGUGUUUGGCUUCAUGCUGUUUUUGCACCCUGCUUCACAAGGUCCCCGUUUCCGAGAAACAUCCGAACCAGUAUCAAAUCCAGUAUGAGUUGAGUUGACCAUCGAGUUGCGCCGGCUCAAUAUGAAAAAAGGCUGGUGCGUGUAUGUGUUUGUUUCUGUGUAAACUCAGUGCCUGUGCAAUGCUAGCGAUACUUGAAUGUUUUUGGAUUUGUCACAAACGGACAUUCGAAGCCCCGCCCUCUGGACUCAAGACCCGCCCCCGAAGCCAGAGGUGGGUGGAGUUUUGUGGGGUUUCUCAGCAGGGAGAAGACAGGAUCACACUGGGCUUUUGAAGGUUAAUCUGGCUGGAAUAUCUCCCUGCUCUUUCAUCGAGUAUGUGUACAUAUCUAUAAAUAGUGUACGUAGGAUCCCAGAGGCUGUUGGUAACAGUCGAAAUGCUUCUGUUUUUUCUCUCUCUCUCUUAUGCAUUGUUACUGUGACGACUUGUUUGCAAAAUGAUAAAAGUGUGCAAUAAAUGAAGCGAAGCUGUUGUUGAA